AUGCUCAAAAAAAUUAAGGUAUUCUGUGAUGUUACAAGUCGCCGUGGGUCACAGCGCAAUUAUCGCUUCUUCGGUGACAUACUUCCGGAUGGUGCUCCGUGUGGCAGCAAUAAAUACUGCCUAGAUGGCGAAUGUUUGCCAUUAUCCUGUGGUAAUAGUGCACUGAUCACACGUGAUCUCUCAUGCCCAAGCUCCAGUGAACUAUGCCCGCAGUGGCCUACAGCCAGCGGUACUGCAAUCGACGAUGCAAAAUGGUCGUCGUGGUCAACUUGGUCAUUCUGUUCCCAGACUUGUGGCUUCGGUUAUCGGCAGCGGUAUGUUGGUUCAGAACCUCUAUGCGCCACGGUUGCUAUUCAUUGUUAA